AUGAAGCUUCUGCGACAUCUGACGCUCCUCGCCUGCUUGGCGUCAGCACAGAAUGACCGGCCUAUUGGAUCUGAAGUCCCAGCGGUACGGACAUACUUUUACGUCGGCGGUGGCUAUGCCGACGAUGGUAAGGGCGGUCACAUCUUCAAGGACCAGAUGUACGUCGAAAAACUAUCGCCUGUUUCGACCGAACAAGAUGUGAAGCCCCCCGUCGUUUUGAUUCACGGACAAGGUCAGACUGGAACAAACUUUCUCAUCAAGCCGGAUGGAGGAGUGUCAUGGACCUCACACUUCCUUGCAGCUGGCCAUACAGUCUACAUCGUGGACCAAACCUUCCGUGGCCGCUCCGCGUGGGCACCAAGGGCCGGCGCUGAUGCCCCAUCGACUUACUCUGCCGAGCUUAUCCAACAACGCUUCACUGCUCCGCAGCAAUAUCGCUUGUGGCCUCAAUCAACGCUUCACACUCAAUGGCCAGGAACAGGCGUUAUGGGCGAUCCUACUUUUGACGCUUUCUACUCCUCGAACGUCCAGUUCAUUUCCAAUGCUACCUAUCAGCAAAGCACCGUACAGUCUGCUGGAGCACAGCUUUUGGAUUUAAUCGGCACUCCUGCUUGGCUACUUGGCCACAGUCAAGGGGGAAUCCUGCCAUUGCUCAUAGCUGAUGCUCGACCUCGUCUAGCGAAGGGACUUAUCUUGCUAGAACCGACGGGCCCACCCUUCCAGGAAGCGGUUUUCGGGUCUGCAGCAGCGCGAAAGUGGGGCUUGACGGAUAUACCGAUGAACUAUUCACCUCCAGUAAUUGACCCUGCAGAACUGGUCCAGCAAGUUUAUCAGCCCGCGAAUCUGACUAGUAACAACGCGACCGUUCCUUGUGUGCUGCAAGCAAUGAAUCCAGCACCGAGGCAGCUGAUCAAUAUUGCGCCACUGCCCAUUCUCACUGUUACGUCGGAAGCCAGCUACCAUGCGCCGUACGACUAUUGCACAGUGAACUUCCUCAAACAGGCAGGUUGUUCCAAGGCUACACAUCUCGAACUUGGUAAAGUUGGUAUCCAUGGCAAUGGGCAUAUGAUGUUUAUGGAAAAGAAUAGCGAUGAAAUAUGGCAACGUAUUUACAGUUGGAUAGAGCAAUCUUAG